GUUAUAACAAAGUUUUCCUUCUUUGUCAUUUGCUACUGUAUUGUAGUUGUUUCGUUACCUGAAAUGGUUUUCCUUUUUGUUAUAAAUUUGUUUACUUUGAUAUUUCUCUCAAACUUUUACAUACUCCAAAUAUCUACUGAGCCUCUACAUGAUCUCCCUUGGUCAAUUGAUAAAGGAAAUUGGAUAAUAACUGCAAAGUUAAUUUCGUCAAAUGGGGAAGUUUACAAUAUUCGAGAAUACGUUCAUUCAAGUGAAGUUGUUCGCGGUAAAAUUACAAUAUCAUCAGGAGAUGAUAAGGUGGAUAUUUUUUAUUCCAGUGAAUUCGAAAACGAUAGAUUAGUUAUUCAAAAACGACAAUGUACUAAAUUUACUUUCAAAAAGAAAUGGGACAAUAGUUUAUUUGAUAUUGAUUCAAAGAAACCUCUUCUUAAUCAUGUACUGUUGACGGGACCUUCGAUUCUGUUCAGGAUCAAUGGAAAAGGUUUAACAUGGGUAAAUAUUGUGCUUGAGCAAUUUGCUUCUCUAGAUUUUCAAUUUCAACAAUUAAAUAAAUAGAAACAAGGAGAAGAUACAGUUAUCAGAGGAUUCCCAGUGCAUUCUGCAAAGACAAAGUACAAUGAAAACCUUGAUAUUAUUUAUUAUUACAAAACUCAUUUAGAUUCACCUGACUUAUUACAAGCGAGUCGAUUACAAUUUGAUGGUAUGGAUUCAUCUCUUCAGCUGGUAACUUUCAGAGAAAAUUUUAACAUAGAUAUUUACUCAAUGGUAAAAACACAGGAAGAAUUUGAUAAAGUUGUUACGGUUACACCAGGAAUCGGUUGUUUCUUGAAACUCAUAACAUCAGAAUCUCAUGAUUGGCUUAUGAUACCAGAAAUGUCGAAAUCGAGUUAUCAUUUCAUUGCAAAAACUACUGUUGAUGGACCUAAGAAAUCAACAACUUCAAGUGAGAUGUUCGUUAACAGUCAAGAUCUAAUCACAGGUUCGAAAACAAUAGAACAAGGGAUUGUAAUGGAAUCUCUUUACGAUUAUAAUUUGGGAACUGUCUAUGUUUUUCAAAAAGGAGGCCCUUGUUUGGUCUCCGGUAUUGAUCCAAAUAGUCUAGGAAUAAGUAAAUAUGGAUCAUUCACUCCAUCCGGGUUUCUUAAUUAUCGAGAUACAUAUAAAUACUCAUAUCUCGGUAAAACUUUUGUCGAAUCAGGAUACGAAGUUUAUGUCUGGGAAAGAGUUGAUUACAAUUACGAGCUCGAAGGAGGAAAAUAUGAUAAACUUGUUACCAGUCAUUAUUUUGCGAAAUCAGAUGAAGCCAAGUUAUUCAAAGGUUUUCGACUCGUAAAAACUACAACUGACAAUUAUAAAGAAGUGGACAGUAACUAUGAAUGGCUUGAGACCAUUACAAAAGAUUAUUAUGGAUUGGAGGAGACAGAAUCAGGUCGAGAUUAUGAAGAUAAACUAUCAUUACGUUUCAGUGAUUGUUACCCUGAUUCUACGGAAAGAAAAACUUUGGCUAUUUAUUUCAGUUGUGAGAAUGAAAAAGAUGUGGAUUGUGUAAAGUAUGCAGAAAACCAUGUUAACACAUUUACCGAAAAUGUAAAGGAUAUUUUGGUACAGAAAAAUAUUUCUCCUGCAAGAAUAGCCAAUAUUGAUCUUUUAUUUGAACAUCGAAAUAUCAAAGCAUCAGUGAUCUUUUUGAAAACUCCCAAUAUUGAAGAUAGUGUACAAAAAAUAAGAAUGAAACUAUCACAGAAAACUAUUUCAAAUACAGUUCAAGUAUCUUCAAAAUCAAUUGACGAUUGCCUUCUCAAACAAGCUGGACUCUAUUAUAGCCAAGAAGCGAUUAUAUUUUGCAAUUCUGAAAAUACAAAGUCCAAUAUUUGUGGUCGAAUUCAAUUUAAGGGAAUUAUUGUCACGGAUGACGCUGGUACAAUUUGCGAUGUAUAUUAUCCAAUCUACAGUUUUUCAAAUUUUGUGAGAGAAAUUGCUCUUGAAAAAUUGGAAGACAAUAUACUUGAUAAUACAUUUCACUUUUAUCUUAACCGUGAACCGAACUUAUUUUAUGAAUCCACAAAAGUCGUUGUGACUAGAGAGGCGAACCAAAACAAAGACUCGUUCACAAUGGCUACCAAUAAUAAGAAACUAGUCGAUUCCAAUGGUGAUGUUAUAUUGGCGAAAGAUGUUUCCAAUCUUGGUGAUUGUUAUCGUACUUGUGCUCAUGAUAAUGUCAAUCUUUGUGAGACUUUUGUCUAUUGUCAAUAUCCAGAUAAAUUGUCUUGCUAUACAUCUAAUGUUAUCUAUGCUAAUUUAUCUUUACAAUCAACAGAAGAUGAAUCUUGUAAAAUCUAUUCAAAGAAUCGAUUAUUAGAUUACAUCAAAAUAUCUUCGAGAGAGUUUAAAAAAUCGCCUAGCAUUGAUAUUAAUGUUCCAAUUGGUGAUUGUGCUUCAAUAUGCAGUUCAUCUGAUGAAUGUUUCUCAUUCCAACAAUGUGGUGGUUCUUGUACUUUGAGUGGAUAUUACACUGAUUGGGAAACACAGGAAAGUGGUGAUUGUAAUAUUUAUAUUCCGAAAGUUUCUCAACAAUUUAUAUCAACUGGACGGAAAAUUGUUUCUCAAGUUUUUCACACUGAAGUUAAUCUAAAUUUGGAUCAAUGUGCUGCUCUUUGCCACAGUUGGACAAACACCAACGAAUCUUGUGUAUCGUUUAAUUACUGUCCUCAAAAUGGUGAAAUUUGUUCAUGUAGCUUAUCAAAAUAUUCAAUCAACGAUAAAUCAGCAAAUUUAGUUGAUUCAAGAGUUUGUAAGAAUUAUGAAUACAAAAUUCUGAAAUCAACUAAAAACAAGAAUAUCAAAAAUGAAAAAGUUACCACAAACGGGACUACUGCAAUAGCUGCAUUCGGUAUAAUCAUGUUGUUUAUUAUCAUUGGACUUUUAUUUGGAUUUAUUUUCCCAAUGCUCAUCAAUGGAAAACUCAAGUACAACAUUACCCAUAAAAAAAAUUCACAAUUUUCAUCAGAACGAGAAAAAGAAAUUAUUAAUAAUUCAUUUAGAUGGACAAAACAAAUCGACCAAACUGAUACACAAAUCAUGUUGUAACCUUUCGCCAGUCUUUUAAGCAAUAAUACUUAUAUGUCGAGCUAUUUUACGAACGACAAUGAAAAGUUGUUUUUAAAGAUUAUUUUCGAAUGAACCAAAUUGAUUAAUCAUGUAUUCUUAUUCCUUCUCUGAAUUGAAAAAGAAUUAAAAAUGAAUCAAUAAUUGAUGAAAUAAUUUAUAUUUACU